UACCAUAUGAGGUGAUACUGUUUUUCUCUAGUGUAUUGAAUCUAAAUAUACACUGACUGAACUGUGUCUGAGUGAUUGUGGUAUGGUGGUGUGACUCCCGUCCCCAUCCCCCAUUCCAAGCAAAAUACAUACCUACCAAUAUAUAUAGCUCCUAUAUUUUAAGUGUUCUUAGGAUUCUUUUUUUUUCAAAGACAACCUCAAAUAACAUUUCUAGCUACAGGGAAGGAAAUUUCUGGGGUUGGAAAGAGUACACUAUUUGAAAAGAAAUUAGAAAUUACUUUUAUAGCAGAUGUCAGACAGUGCUGCCUGGACAUUUAAUGACAUUCUAAAAAUUCAAUUCAGUGGUUACAAUUUUUUCUGCUGUUUACUAGAUUACAUGCUUGAAUGCAUAUCAGUAUUUCUUCUCCCUUUAAAUUAACACUGAAAGGACAUGUUUUGGCCUCCCCCCAACCCCAUCGCCAUUUAAUUGUUUCAUUUGAAAAAAGAAAAAGAGCAAAUGAGAAACGAAGGUUGUAACAUUGCAAUUGAUACUCAUUUAUUCAGCUAUUUAUGCCUUACAGUGAGACUUUUAGUGCUAUUCAGAUGCAAUUUUGGUCCAAAAUGGUGGUGCUUCAAAAUUAUAAAUAAGUGUCUUGAUAGUGUUGUUUUUUUAAUGUUCUCUGUGUAGCAUGUAUCUUCUUUCCAGUAUAAUCUGAGAUACUUAAUUUAAAAGCAUUAUAUUCUGAGGUACAUUUUUCCCCUUUUGAGCUUUAGAACACCUCACUCUUGCUCUGAAACAUUAAGAAAACCAUCAACAAAAAAAAGUUGGUUGCAAUUGGGCAAAGAUUUGACACCUUUUUAGCCAGUUGUUCUUGAGCACCACUUACAACACAGUUCUGACAGUAUUUCAUGACAAUGGAUGGUGACAGUUCUACAACAGAUGCUUCUCAACUAGGAAUUUCCACAGACUACAUUGGAGGAAGUCAUUAUGUUAUACAGCCUCAUGAUGAUACUGAAGACAGCAUGAAUGAUCAUGAAGACACAAAUGGUUCAAAAGAAAGUUUCAGAGAACAAGAUAUAUAUCUUCCAAUUGCCAAUGUGGCUAGGAUAAUGAAAAAUGCCAUACCUCAAACGGGAAAGAUUGCAAAAGAUGCCAAAGAAUGUGUUCAAGAAUGUGUAAGUGAGUUUAUCAGCUUUAUAACAUCUGAAGCAAGUGAAAGAUGCCAUCAAGAGAAACGGAAGACAAUCAAUGGAGAGGAUAUUCUCUUUGCUAUGUCUACCCUAGGCUUUGACAGUUAUGUGGAACCUCUGAAAUUAUACCUGCAGAAAUUCAGAGAAGCUAUGAAAGGAGAGAAAGGAAUUGGUGGAGCAGUCACAGCUACAGAUGGACUAAGUGAAGAGCUUACGGAGGAGGCAUUUACUAACCAGUUACCAGCUGGCUUAAUAACUGCAGAUGGUCAACAACAAAAUGUUAUGGUUUACACAACAUCGUAUCAACAGAUUUCUGGUGUUCAGCAAAUUCAGUUUUCAUGAUCUGAAGAAUGAUGGAAUGGGGAAUGUACAGAAGUGAGAGUCUGUAUGAUUAUGGAACAGAGACAUUAGAAGGAAAUGAAUGGUGAAAAGAUGUCUCUUUGUAUAUUAAAUAGCUGUAAUGUAGCUUCCUGAUGCUUGACUAAUUGAGGUGUUAAUUCUGACUUGAGAAUCUUUUUCAUGAAUGAUUUUAAAGAAAAUUUUGGAUUUUAAAGGUAUUAAAAUAUUUUUGUUUUGUACAAGAGUUUGUUGCUCUGUAUGACUCCUGUAUGCAUUGUAUAUUGCAAUUUAUUACUGUCAGAGAUUUGUAGACAGUUUCUUAUUUUCAUAUUGAAUCAUGUUACUUUUGUAAUUCAAGUAAGCAGCUGGGUUAAUUCAUGAUGUUUGCCCUUGUAAUAAAAUAUAAGGGUAGAGUUCAUUUUGAAUGCAAGUUGCCUUUAUUAUAAAUUUGAGUUUGUCUUGGUUAUAUAAUCUUGCAUGAUAACCUAGCUAGAUUUUUAGCAUUUGCCAUAUUUAUUAAAAUUAAUUUUUUUGGUAAAAUAUUCACAGCUUAAGCAGCACCAUUUUUAAAAAAAUGUAAAUGAAUAAUUGUGAAUGCAGAAGCACAUAUUAUCUGCCCUAUUAAACUUGGUGCCCAUUAACAGUGUUUACACUGUUCAUUGUGCCUGUUAACGUAGUUUUAGUUAUUGGAGCUUUUACAUUAUUAGGAGUGUUGGAAUUCAUUUAAGUUUAAUGUAGUCCUAGUGCUCUUGAAAUGGUGCCCCCUUCAUUUGGUAUAUGAUUUUUUCAAAGCAUAUCUUCAAACACUAUAGUAUCCUCUUCCAGAAGAGAAAUUUUAUACUAUAAUGGCAAAUGUCCCCAUUUUACCUUUUUAAUUGAAAUGCCAAGUUUCCUGUUAUACUAUGAGAACCAAGAAAUGUUGGACAUCAUUGUGUGUACAGACCUUUUUCACGGGUGAGUGAAUGAAAUAGAGAAUAGAGUGGGUGCUGUGAAUGGUCUUAAAUAGACGUUGCCAACUUCUAGUGUGCUGUCUUGAUCUUUGCAAUAAACUAAACUUAGAUAAUGUAACUGUAUAAUUUAGUGGUAUAUACUUGGGUUGUUCCUUUUUUAAAGUGAGGAUUUGUAUUUUCUCAUCUAUUCUUUUUGGUGAUAAUUAACUUGAGCGCUUAAAAAAUUUUUUUAAUAUCAAAAAUUGCUAUUGUAUAGUUUUGCCUAAAGGGAAGUUUGAGUGAACAUCAUCUUUGAAGGACACUCAAAUUUAUAAGGUAGAAGCAAGUUCCCAGAUAACAGGCUGAACAGAAGCAUUUAUGUUGCCAGAAAGAGCCUUUGGGGACACAUUUGGACUAAUCUGAAGUCAAUAAUUCCCUCACCCUCAUACCCCAUUUAACAAAUAACCUUCAUUAUUGAAAAUUAAAAUAGGAAAAAGGGAGAGGGGGGUUAAGCAAAAACAACUAUCAUUCUACUAUGUUGAAAUAACUAAUGUUAAUAUUUUGAUAAAUAUCAUUUGUCCUUUUACUUUGCCAGAUAUGUAUAUUUUUAUAAAAAUGGGCUCAUAUUGUACAUACUGUUUUGUAACCUGCUUUUUUCACUUAACAAUAUAUUGUGAACAUCUUUCCUAGGUCA